AUGUGUGAAACAGCUGUGAUCAGCUACCAUCGAACGGCUGGGAAAGCAAUCGAUUUGCAUUCAGUAGAUCCAACGAUCGAUGUGUAUAGGAUUCUUGCUAUUUCUCUUAGUUAUUAUCCUAGAGAGGAUAAACUAUUUUGGUACCAUUCUGACUCAGGGGUUUACAAUGUCAAAUUCGGUUAUCACUUAGCUGAAAGCUUGGAAAGGAAAGAUACUUCUUCAUCUUCAAAUUCUCCUCGCAAAUGGUGGGAUAGAUUUUGGAAAAUCUCCUAUUUUACAACAUGCACCUUGUGUGAUGGGGUUUGGGAAUCGGUAGGACAUGCCUUAUUUCGGUGUACUAGAGCAAGAGCAAUUUGGAAUCAAACUCAAUUUCAGGUAUUUUCUCCUAAAAUCAACAACCUCAAUGGCCAUGAUAUAUACUCUACUUUAGCAGCAGCUUAUAAAGAUUCAGACUUGGAGAAAAUCCUUUGCCUAAUGUGGUGCAUAUGGACGGAAAGAAACAAGGAAUUACAUGGCACUAAACCCAAACUACCUCGUAUUAUUUGUUCCUUUCCAGAUGUUUACCUCGAGCAAUUUUAUACUGCUAAACUUCCUCCUGCAUAUGGUUUUCACAAAUUGAAUGUAGAUGCUACGUAUGAUGCGAAAGGAUCAGUUAUUGACGUAGGAGCAGUAAUUCGAGAUUAUUUUGGAGAUGUUAUUGUGGCUUUUUCGAAACCAUUACGUGGCUGCUAUUCUACAAAAGAGAUGGAAGCUAAUUCCAUUAUUUACAAUUUUAAAUGGGCUCUUUCAAACCGGUUGGCUAUCCACUCCAUUGAAACGGACUCCCUCAUAGUGGCUAAUACUAUUAACAAACUUUCUUCUACUAGUUGUGUAUCUCAUUUCCGUGAUUUGAUAGAUGAUAUUUCUCUUUUAUUAUCCUAUUUUCCUAGAGUAAUUGUUUCUCAUGUUAAGCGAGAAACUAAUAAAGCUGCUCAUGGCUUAACUAAAUUUUCUCUUCGAUUGGAUAAUGAUUGUUCCUGGUUGGGGGAAAUCCUUUCUCCAAUCUAUUCUGUUAUUGUUUUCGAUUCUAUUCAUUAA